UUCACGCUGCCCGCUGCAGAACACAUUGAGCGAGUCGACACGCACCCGCUCACGCCCAGCCGCACGCCAAGGAGAAAAGCGACUGUACAGACGUUUAGCGAUAGAUAGAUUAGGCGGAGGAGCGACGCGAGACGGGCUGACAGGCGAAAGAAGUUUGGGUUUUUUUUCGAUAUAAGUGCUCUGCGAUAGGCUCUUCUCUAGGCAGUAGUGAACUUGCGAACACGUUUUCACUCAUUAAAGACAGAAAGAGAGCAGGGGAUCAGGCGGGGAGCGGGAACUGAACGUCCCUUUUCUUUCAGUCAUGCUUCUUCUAGACGAGUCCGACGCCCUAGCAGAUCAGGACCAGGGCAGUGUCUUCAGCUCUGAGAGCGAGGCUCGGGGUACCAACCACUCGGGAUGGCACUGCACCCUUCCCUCUAUCUCUCCAUCAGGUGGAACCCCGGGAGGCCCCGCCCACCCUCUGCCUUGCCCGGGUGGUCAUGGGCCUGCUCUAGCAGUCAGCACAGCCAAGAAGAGGGGCCCUAACCCAGCUCACAUGAGGAGAAACAUCAGGAAACUACUGAAAGAGCAUCAGUUAGAUGCAGUGACUAAAGCUGCCCAGCUAGAGGAGAUUGAAAGACGCAAGCGCCUGGAGCAGCAGAGGAAAGACCUCACGGCAGAAUCCCAGCCAGAGCACCCACACAAAGCAGACCAAAGCUCAGGUGAAACCACCACGUCACACAUCAAAAGUGAAUUCUCAAUUGAAGAUCGGGAGUCGGCUGGUGAGAGCAGUGGAGCACAUGUUAACGACGCCUUCAACCAAUUAGACUCUCAGGGGCGUGUCCUUGUUAACGUCAACCACCCAGUAGACGAAAAUGACCUCUACCUCUCCCCUCAACUCGCCCGUGCUGUCAAAGCUCACCAGAUCGGGGGAAUCCGGUUUCUGUAUGACAACCUGGUGGAGUCGUUGGAGCGCUUCAAGAACGGCUGGGGAUUCGGCUGUAUCCUGGCUCACAGCAUGGGCCUGGGUAAAACUCUACAGGUCAUCUCCUUCAUCGACAUUCUCCUGCGCCACACCGGAGCUCACACCGUGCUCGCCAUCGUCCCUGUGAACACGCUACACAACUGGUUAGCGGAAUUUAACCUGUGGGUGCCAACCCCUGAAGCCCUGCCCCUAAACAAUGACCCGACCUACAUCACACCUCGCACCUUUAAGGUGCACAUCCUUAAUGAUGAGCACAAGACCACAGCCACACGCUCUAAGGUAGUGGAGGAGUGGUACAGAGACGGCGGAGUGCUGCUCAUGGGCUACGAGAUGUAUCGCCUGCUUUCACUCAAGAAGAGCUUCAUUGCCAGGCGAAAGAAGAAGAAUAAGAAGCCGAAUGGACCAGUCGUCAUUGACCUGGAAGAGGAGGAUCGCCAGCAAGAGCUGUUGAAAGGCAUUGAAAGAGCCCUGUCACAGCCUGGCCCGGAUGUGGUCGUCUGCGACGAGGGCCACCGCAUUAAGAACUACCAUGCCAGCACGUCGCAGGCCCUGAAGGGCAUCCGGACACGGCGGCGGCUGGUGCUGACAGGCUACCCGCUGCAGAACAACCUUCUGGAGUACUGGUGCAUGGUGGACUUUGUGCGCCCAGGCUUCCUGGGCACGCGGCAGGAGUUCAGCAACAUGUUCGAGAGGCCCAUCCUGAACGGGCAGUGCGCGGACAGCACGGUGCAGGACGUGCAGCUCAUGCGCUGUCGCAGCCAUGUGCUCCAUGAUCUGCUGGAGGGCUUCGUCCAGAGGCGUGGACACGAUGUGCUGCGUCACCAGCUGCCGGAGAAGUGGGAGCACGUGAUCCUGGUUCGCCUGUCUCCCCUGCAGAGGGCACUCUAUACCGAGUUCAUGAACCGCUUCAGAGAGGCUGGCAGUACUGGCUGGCUAGGUGUUAACCCUCUCAAAGCCUUCUGUGUUUGCUGCAAGAUCUGGAACCACCCUGAUGUACUGUAUGAGACCAUUCAGAGGGAGAAUCUGGCUAAUGAGCAAGAUCUGGAUCUGGAUGACAUCACCACUAGCAAUACACGCUGCUCAGCUACCAGUCUGAAGACCAGGCCUUGCGAGUCUGCUCGUAGUGAGGGUGGACUAAAUCUAAGUCAGCUACAUGAGAAAGCCAAUCAGGGUAUCACUUAUGAAUGGGCAAAAGACAUCAUGGCAGGCUACAAGACUGGAAUCUUGGAGAAUUCAGCUAAGAUGGUGCUGCUGUUUCACAUUAUUGAUGAAAGUGUUAAGAAAGGAGACAAGGUCUUGGUUUUCAGUCAGAGUUUGUCCACUCUUACAGUCAUUGAAGAGUUCCUGGCCAAGAGGCUGAUGCCUGAGCACAGUGGAAGUGGUUUGAAGCAGACCUGGAUCCGCAAUGUCAACUAUUACAGAUUGGAUGGGAGCACAUCAGUUUCAGAUCGAGAGAGGCUCAUCAACCAGUUUAAUGAUUCGACAAACAACUAUGCUUGGGUUUUUCUGCUGUCCACCAGGGCUGGCUGUCUGGGUGUGAACUUGAUUGGUGCAAAUCGCGUGGUGGUGUUUGACGCCUCAUGGAACCCAUGCCAUGAUGCCCAGGCCAUGUGCCGUGUGUAUCGCUAUGGCCAGUGCAAGCAGUGUCACAUCUACAGACUAGUGUGCGACUUCACCUUGGAGAAGAAAAUUUAUGAUAGGCAGCUAUCCAAGCAGGGAAUGUCUGAUCGUGUGAUAGAUGAUUUGAACCCUGUGCUGACAUUCACUCGCCGGGAGGUGGAGUCUCUGCUGCACUUUGCGGAGGAGGAGCCUGGCACCGCCAAGUCCGUGCACCUGCUCCGCCCACAGGACGACAUGGAGGCAGUCAUCAGGAAAGCCUGCCUAAGAUACCCCCACCUCAUCACCAAGCAACCCUUCCCCCAUGAGUCCUUACUGACGGACCAACGGGACCUCAAGCUUACCAAUGAGGAGAAGCAAGCAGCCAAGAAGAGCUACGAGGAGGAGAAGAAGGCGUCCGUUCCCUACACCCGCCCUUCGUAUGCCCACUACUACCCAGCCAGCGACCAAAGCCUCACCAACAUCCCUGCCUUCAGCCAGAGGAACUGGCAGCCUCCUCCACGGCCAGAAGAAAAGCCUAUGGCCAGCAAUCAGCAGACACAUGGAACUCCAGCCCCCACAAUGCAACAACAGGCAGGCCGUGGCACCUCCCCCACAUCCACAGACUCAGGCUCCAGGUCCCCCGUUAACUUCCCUCUCACCUAUCUGCAGAAAGCAGGGGUCUAUGUGCAGAAGAUCGUCACCCCGACAGAUAUCGUGAUUCCUGGCACUAACAGCGCCACAAACAUGCAGGCCAGGAUUAGUGCAGGCGAGAGCAUUCAUGUGAUCAGAGGAACUAAGGGGGCCUACAUUUGGACAUCAGAUGGAAGAAUCUUCGCCAUCCGCGCCGCAAGAAAACCCAAGCAGGGGGAGGAAAAUACCACAAAGAAAGAAGUGUCAACCUCAGUGCAAAACUCUGUCAGUAAAGGCACCAAUGGCAGUGUGUCACCUGACCCAAAUUUGCCCAAGGUUAUCACCCCUGAAGCGGUGGCCCGACCUCUCUCCCCAGAUAGUCCCGAGAUCCUGAGCGAGCUUCAGCGUUAUACCAAAGCCCAGCCCCCAACCAUGCCACCUCAUGGAGCCAUGAAUCCAGAGAGAGUCUCAGAGAAGAGUGUUAUCAAAGUUCUGCCUCAAAAUGACAUUACCUCACCUGGGGUACAGGCUCCCCUGGACCUAAGGGGCACAAAGCGAAAAUCCACAUCACCUCCUAGCAAUGACCACGCCGCCAAACAGUCGUCUGCUCGGCCUCCUCCACAGAACUAUCCCUUCAUGGGUAGUUAUGGCUUAACUCCUGCCCUCAACCCAGCAAGCGUAAACCCCGCCCUUCUAAGCCCCCUCAGUUCUGUGUGGCCGUCGUACUUCCAGCACCACAACCCUAUGAGCAAGCCUCGCCUCAUGUUCCCGGUCUCCCCAGAUGCCUACGGUCUAGGGGGUGGAGCCUUGCCCGGGUCCUCCCCCACAUCCUCCAGCACCACACCAAGUGCCACAGUGACUCCCACAUUUACUUCGAUCCUUCCCUCAUUCCUGAUGAGGCAUGGUGUGCCCUCAAUGCUGUCUGGAGGGUUCCCACUGCAGUAUGGCCAGCCCCUGAGCAUGUACCCCGCCCCACUCCUGCCUGGAGCACUGCCAGCAGCAACACAAGGGCCAGCUGGGUCGAGCUUCCUGCCUCGCUACGCUUCCUUAAGCCCGUGUGGCAGCAAUCACGAUCCUCACCCUGGCACAGAAAACAGAGCAGCACGCUCUGAGGGCAAUGACCACAUUUGUAAUAAUAAUGAUGAUGAUGUAUUCAAGAUGAUGGGCCAGUGAGACGUGUUUACUAGGCCCAUGUUAAAAGAUGUGAAGAAGUUGACAACCGAGACUGAACCAAGACUUUUAUCUACUAGCUGAUCUACUAGCAGACUGUUGCUGACUGAGAAGUUCAAUGCUGUUCAAAUGGAGAGGAUUCUGACUGACAAACUGGACAAGUGAAAAAUCCUUAUGCUAUGUUUUCUUCUCAAACAGUUUGCAUUUUUUCACACUUGAUGGUAGAAUUCAUUAAUCUGGUUAGUAAAGUUAGUGAGUUAGUAGGCAAGAUUCAAACAGAUGUUAGCAUUAUCACUAAUUGAUAGAUAUUUAUCAGUGCUUUUAAGAUUGGCUGUAAUCAGUCAAAUCAUGAUACCACGGAAGGUUCUGUAAAAAAUGAUCUAAUAAGAACAUUUAACCUAGUGGACAGUUAAGCUUUGCGCAUUUGAAAAAUGAUAAGAGAUGUGAAGAUUGUAUACAGUUAAAUUAAUCAAAAGAGAAGAAGAAGAGGUAAAUGUUAACGAAAAGACCUUAAAGAUAUAUGAAUGUAUUUUGUUUCCAGCCUUUACCACAGUGUUGCAAGCACAGGCCUUAGAGACAGACAUUAGACUUAAGAAUAUGUUAAUUUAUGCGAAAGUGGUACUGCUCUCUUUUAAAACAUUUUAAUGUUGAACUGUGUUAAUGUUUUUUAUAUAAACAUGCAAUGUUUCCUAACACUGGUCAUAAGCAGGUGAAUGGGAUGUAGUCCUGUUCAUUUUUUAAAUCUGCUUGAUGUUCAGCUCAUUUGGAUGGAGUGAGAUUCUAAUACAAAGGACAUAUGCUUUAACUCUGAUGCCUUGUGCUACUGUGUCACUGAAUGUAAGGGUGAGUGUGAAGAGUCCAGGAACAUGUGCUCCUAACUCCCACCUGUCACCAGAAGUCUUACUCGUGCUGAGCUAAGAUACGAUGACAUUGCCUCAUGUGGGUCAGUGUGCCCUGUAAUACGUUUUCCCACCUUCUGACAUCGAAAUGUUCUCUUGUUUCUUCUGUAACGGUGAACUGAUUACCAAAUCAACAUACCCAGUAUGCUCAACUUAGCCACAAUAACUAUCUAUAAUUAUAAUUAAAACAUAAUGAGAAAUGUGUGAAUUUUCCUCUCCCAAAAUAAGUUAUUAAUUCCAAGUAACCACAUGUACCACAUUGUAUUCAGGUUUUUGUCAACUGAAGAAAUGGAAAUAACUUUUUUGGAUUUGAUCUUUCAUUUUGUAAAUUUCGCAAAUUCUUUUCCAGCCAAAUUUGCAUGAAAAUGUUUCACCAAAUAUUGACAUUGUUAUAGCAUAUCUUGUACAGUGCUAAAAUUAUUUUAACUUGAAUUUGUAUGGGGCCUUGCACUGUAUGUUUACAAACAACUUCCUUGUUGGCCCAUCUGUUCCCCACACUGCCCUAAAUGCCUUUUGGGGUAAUUGUUCACUUCCUGUGUGCUUGAAUCUGAAUGGACAUUUGUCCAGGAACUGUCUGAACUGUACCUUACUGUAUAACAUCAUUCUUGUGAACUCAAUCUGUUUGUUUUUCUUCUUUUCCUUUGUACCAAUUUUUACAAUUUUUACUUGCCUGUUGUUUCUUUAAUGUUUGACAAUUUACCAAAUUAAUUUAUUUAAAAUUAUGCAUAUUUAUUCAUUUAUAUUUUUUAUUUUUAUACUUUUGUUUUAUGAGGGGCUUGUAUUCUUAUAAUUGAAUGUCUCAACCAUAAUGAUUGAAGGAAUGUAUGUGUGCCUUCGUCUGUAAGUAUGUAUAACUGCCACCUGACUGAAUCAUAAGAAAGCUUAUGGACCAAUGAAGCAGAAUCAGUUUGGGUCUGUGUGGCUUAAUGGAUUUCCAGAGCAAGACAGUAAAAUUGACAGAUCUACUGUGUUCCUAUAAUCAAUGUCAAGGCCUCAACAAGUAAAAUACCCCAAUGUUUUGUAUUCUUUGCUUACUACUCUUUACUUGAAUCGUAUUUAUUUUUUUAUUUCAGAAUAAGUUAGGAAGUGUUCUAUUCAUUAUUGAAAACGGUCUGGUUAGAUAUACAGCUCAGUGUGAAAGCAUUCAAAUCAUAGUGAACGGUUAUUGUGAAUGGUUAUUCAAUCUGUUCAGUUUUUUAAGUUUGUAAAUAAAAAUGAAUCAUGAUUUAAAUUGUA